AAGGAAUCAGAACAUUUAUUCAUAGUUUUACCGUUAUGAAAAUUAACUGUUUACUAACAAAUAUUUUGUAAAAAAAAUUUAAUACUGAACACAGGUAAUUGCUAAACUUUUUAGUGUUUCUGCCUUAAAUAUUCUGGUUCUUCCCAGUCGUCUAAAAUCCUUGUCUGAAACUUGUCAUUUUAUUGCUAUUCGCUUCCGAUAAUCCAUCAAAAUAGUGUGUUAUUAUUCAACCGUAUUCUUCAGAGCCUUCCAAUCGUUUGGAAGUCAGUUAAGAAAAGUCCAAAUUUAAUUCAUAUUCAUAACUCAACCACCGAAUUACAAAAAUAGACCCAGCAACUUUUUUCACUAAAUAUCACUUCAAUUUUUCGGUUUUAAUAUCUUAAUAUCUGUGUGAGAAACGUUCACUGUCGGCCGGAUAAUCUCAACCAAAUGUCAACCAACACAUCAAGGUCCUGCUAUAUUUGCCUGGCCGAGGUUCAGGAGGACGAAGUGGACGAGGCCGAAUGGGUGUCUCCAUGUCGCUGCUCAGGCACUGUGGGUUGGGUACACAAGGCCUGUAUCCUGCGCUGGGUACGUGUACAGGAGAGGCAGUCCUCCGAUCCCGUCACCUGUCCUGCCUGUGGUACAAAGUUCAUCUUGACCCCCGAAAUGGGAACUGUCGUCCGUGCCAUCCACUUCCUCGACUACUACUUCUACCCCUGGUGUAAACUCUACGUCUGUACAGUUAUGAGCGUCAUAUUCUUCGACACCACGUGCACGUAUAUUGGCGUCUUCGUCUUAGUGCAGGGUUAUGGUGUGGACGAAGCAGCGUCACUGCUGUACAGUAUGGACAUAGUAGAAUCGAUGACUCGUUUACAUCUCGUCACUUACUCGCUCUUCUUGAUCUGCUAUGUGCCCAUCGACGAGUUCCUGCUCCAUAUUCUACAGCGCAGCUCUAGAAUUCCCAUCUUGGGCCGGGUCCUACCCUCAGACGUCCCCGAUCGGUACCGCUACCGGGGGAACAUCAGUUUUGGAGACGAAAAUAGUAAGAGCCCCAUAGUCUUCAGAGGGGUAUUUAUCCCGGUAAUGGCGGGGAUCGUCGGUAACCUGUUCUUCCAAUCGGUGGAUUCCAAGCUGAAGAGGUUCCUGAUUGGUGGGUUCACCGUCCUGGCGCUCAAGUCAAUUAUAAAGAUGUACAUCGUACACAAGCAGAUGGUGAGGCGCAAAAAUAUGAGGAUUCUACCCUUCGAACCUCAUCCUUCGACGGAAAGACAUGGUUGAAUCAAUGUAAUUGUAAAAUUAUACUUUUUAGAGCAGGAUGUCAAUUGUCUUUAAACAUCUAUAUGACAAGUAAAAUAUUUCUUUGAUCUGACCAAUAAUUAAAUUAAAUUAUUAAUUAAUAAU